AUGGAGCUUGGUACUUACGUUGAUAAGAUUCUUCUUCCAAAGUAUCGUUACACGCUUAACACGGAAAAUCGACUGCUCAGGGAACCUUCGAAUUCUUUAACUUUUGCGAAUGACGACCAUGGCAAUGCCAACUACUCCAUACCAACCAAGGUUCCAAAGAUGUCAAAUGUUGUGCAAGAGUUUACUUUUCAUGAACUUCUGCAAGGUGCCUCGCAUAUGCCAUCCGCUUUGGAAAGUAUAACUUUAAAAGCUUCAAGCGACGAGUUGAAAUAUGAUUUCAACAUUUCCGAAGGCAAGAAUACAUUAAUCGGAGAAAUAAAGGCAAAGAAAUGUGCGACUUAUUGUCGAAGAGUUUUGAAUAUUCGAUUCACAGCCAAUUUUUUGUUGGCUUACUCCGCAAUGUCGCUCAAAUGUCGGCCAUACUUAUCGAAGUAUUUCUCUGCUGCUGUUAAUCUUCCUUCAGAUUGGAUGAAAGUGGCUGAAGUGUAUAUGAUUCUGACCAAAUCUGAUAUGGUGCGUUUACCGAGUGCAUUGAGAAAUGCCAUGGUGGAGAAAUUUCAGGAAUUCGAUCAGUAUCAGCUUGCGAAAUACAACAAGCCAAUUAUUGUGAAAAGUAGAGGAGUGGGAGAAGUGAAGCUGUCGUUGAAGAAAAUGAUAAGAAAUUUGCAUAUUUCAAAACCGGUGGAUAGUGUUAUGUGUCUGCUUGGAAAGACGUAUCCCCUCAGUGCAUCAGAAUUUCUUGAAAGUGGUCUUCCUGGGCAGUGGGACCCAGAUAUGGCUGGAGUUCGAAUGCGCCUACCUACUCCGUAUACUUGGGAGACAGAACUCUCAAGCACUCCAAAACGGAACCAUGUUUGGGCUUGGCAGGAUCUCAUCCAUUCAGGGCAGCUUCCCUACAUGGCCAUGUUGCGCAAUCUUCGUAAUCUCUUGAUAGCGGAUAUAGACAAUGAACAUAUUGGAAAAGUGGUGGAGAAGCUAACAACGGAAAAGGCUGUGGCAAACUCUAAGCAGUUUCCAUCAGCUUUCAUGACUGCGUAUCAGAGGCUGGCUAUGAUCAACGAAGAGACAGAACACUCCAAGUCAAAGAAAAGUGGACGACAGCAAUCGUCAAAAGCUCGAAAGGCUUCCAAAAUCAGUUUCGAUGAGUUGAAACGCAGAAGACUUAUGGAGGCAUUAGAGCGAGCAUUCGAUCUGUCUAUUCGACUCAAUUUGCCAACGAUUUCUGGUUCCACUCUCAUUUUAGUGGACUCUGGUUCUGAUGAAAAUCUUCAAACCAUUGGGACUAGUUCCUUCUCGAAGGAUUAUUUGUUGGCAAUCAUGUGCAUGAUGGCAUGUGAAGACUAUGACGCUUACUUCCUGAAGGAACGUGGAAGUAGCGAAUACUUAGUGGCAAAGAGAAAUAAAGCUCUCAUGCCGGGUGAAGGGCGUGUCCUCCAAAGCGUCAUGGACAUAACUGUAAGUUCUUUUCAGUUAGAACCUCAGACGAAGUUGGUCCGAGCUUUAAAAAUAGCUCUUGAGAAGUGGUCUCUUGGUAAUGGGGAUAAAGCGCUUGAAUUCGACUGGAAACAGAAUCGUUUCAUGUGUGGAAUGUGUGCUGUUAGAUCAGCUACCUUUAGGAAGGUUCUUCCGGAGAAUAGCAUUCGCCUGAAUCUCUUUCAAGCAGACACGGCUGUAGAACUUGAUUGGAUAAUUAAAGAAAUUGUAAUUAACAGGAAGAAGUACACAUCAAUGGUUGUCAUUGGAGGCGGCUCGAACAUCGGGGAAGGAUUCCGAAAUGUGAUAACCCGUCAGAUAGGACCGAUUAAUUGUGUUGCUGUUGGGUACCGGGAAAACAGGGAGGGUUGGUUGAAUAUACCUACCGCAAGCGAAUCCGUAAUCGAAGUCCUGGCACAUUUGGGCAACGGCUCCUUGGUGCAACAAGUUGAGACGAUUGAUCGUCAAUUGGACCUCUCACUGAAGCCUGCAAAAGGUAUUCUGGCUUCUGGCGUUGUGCCAAAGAAUAUGGCAACCUCGGAAGUGAAAGCAUUGUCGGGUGGAGGUGGAGGAAGUGUGAUGGCAGUUCAGGUAUUCGUAUCAUCCACUUUCCAGGACAUGUAUGGUGAGAGAGAUCUUAUCUCGGGGUUGGUUUUCCCUGCUCUGCGCAAGAAGUUGUCCAAAUUGGAUUACCCCGUGCUGCUCAACGAAAUUGAUCUUCGUUGGGGAGUGCCAUUGGAAUUCUCGCAGACUGGUGAUUGUCUGCGUGUGUGCCUAGAGAAGGUUGUCACAUCGGACUAUCUCAUCCUUCUUAUUGGCGAAAGGUAUGGCUGGUCUCCGAGCGAGGAGGUGAUUAGAAAUCUUCCACCGAAGCUUCUCAAUGAGGUACUGAAGAUCUACAGGAAGGGUAUGUCAGUGACUGAGAUGGAAGCUCGGCUCUUCUUUGAAAUGAGGCCACAAAAUCGGAAGAAUCUGAUGUGUUUCCUCCGUGAUCCUAGCAGUUUAAAUGGCGUGCCGCGACAUCUUCGCGAUGUUUUCGUGCAAUCAGGAUCGCAUGAGAGCCAGAAAUUGGAGGAAUUCAAGAAUUUUCUCAAGGAAAAUGGUCUUAUUCAGUUGAAUGCUUAUCCCGCAUCAUUCACUGGUGUAGUUAGCUCAAUGCCGAUGAUGGGAGAUCUGACAGUUUUGGCCGAAACCAUCUUCAAAUGUCUCUAUACUGCGAUUGGGAAGCAAGUUCAUUUGAAUGCUUCAGUGAAGCACCAGUUGACAGGUGGAAGUGAGGAGAGUGGUGCAGCAAUACCGGUGGGAUAUCUUGAAGCCAUUGGAGCCUCAGUGGUGCCGAGACAACUUCGAGAAGUUUUGCAAGCUCUCUUGGUUGAUUUGCCAACAUUGGGUGCCCAAGUGAAGUUGUCGCGUUCAGCGAGUGGACGAGGUCUCAAACGUCCAUAUAAGAACUCUUCGAAGAAGGCAGCUCCUAUGGACGGUACUGUUCUUUGUAUAUCUGGAAGCUAUGGUAGUGGAAAGACGACUCUGGUUUGCGCUCUAGCUGUGGCACUCUCCACAUCGAAUUGGACUCCUGAGUUGGAGUCUGCUGGUACUUGUUCGAUGUUUGAAGUGUCAGAAUCCUAUCGAAAGGACCUAUUGGUGUAUAUUCAUCUCACACUGGGCGCCUACUCCUCCACCACCAUGCACUCAGGCCUGACUCUGUGUGCGAUCCCUCAAAUGACCCAGUUGAACCAGUUGCUUCAAGCGUGGAAUGCUCGAAUUGUGUCCGAGUUAAGGCACCUUUGUUGCGAGGAUAGGAGUGCAGUUGAAACUAAGUUAGAUGCACUGGAGGAGGAGUAUUCUCGUGGAUGCGACCUUGCAAAAAGCAUUGACGUGUUCGGCCAACUUGUGGAGAUGAUCGGAAUCUACACGAGGAAUAACUACGUCUUUAUUGUGGAUUCAGUUGAUCAUCUUGUGCCCGAAAAUCUCUCGUGGAUACCCGCGGUUAUUCCACAUAAUGUGCGCUUCGUGUUGACCUUGAACGGGACUUCGAAAGCAGCGAGAACUCUGCAUCUCCGAUCUGACUGCCUGAGCGUGACGAUGAGUGAGCUGUCGAGGAAUGAGAGGGCAGCAGCUGUGAGAUGCUACUUUGCGCAGUAUGGUAAAGUUCUCUCAGAAAGCGGAUUCGGUAAUCAGUUAUCGAGAGUUAUUGGAAAGCGAGAUUCAAAUCUCCCUCUAUACCUGAGAAUGGCUUGUGAUGAACUUCGUCUCUACUCAAACUUCGAUACUUUGGACAGUGAUUUGAAGAGCCUGCCAGACAGACUGCCUGACUUAGUUGCUCACAUUGUGGCUCGAGCGUCAGUGGCGUGUGGAGAGAAUCUGGUGAAAACAGCUCUGGCUUGUAUUCUCUGUUCUCGACAUGCUCCCUUUCCGGCUCAAUUGCAGCGAAUGAUCAACCUCUGGCUCUUUGCUGCCUGUGAAGAGGCUGAUCCGGGUGCAGUAGCCUUCUUUAACACUGAAGAAGAGGAAGAUAUUCCAGUGGACGAUGGCUCGGUCGAGCAUCCAGUUCUAUCAACAAUGGCUCUGAAUGUCCUCCUGGGCCAGCUGCAACCUCUUCUGGUUGGGUUUGAAUCCAUUGAUGGGAGUACUCGAGGUCUGAGUGAGUCAGAUGACCCCUCGGUGGAGCAUGAGAUAGAUGCGACGGAGUUGAAUUUCUUCGCGGCAAACGGUUUGAGGUUAUGCAGUGCAGAGGUGGCUAAAGUUAUCCGACGUUUGUGCUUUGAAUCUGCGUCAUAUUUUAAUCGUUUAUCCGCAUCUCGACGACUUGGAUACAUGAAGAGUGAUGUAAGUAGUAAGAAGUGCGGUGAGAAUUCCAAACCUCCAAGGCUCGAUUGGACGCCUUCUGAGUUGCAGACAUACCGGUUGCUGCUCUGUGAGAACUUUGAUAGUUUGAGAGACAAGGUCUACUAUGCGUUUCACGCGAAGAAACUGGGAAUAGUCUUGUCUUCGUUGAGCAGUAUCAGCUACGUUCAGCAGAAAGCCUUGAACAAUGACAUUGAUGGUCUGAUUGAAGAGUAUGUCGGUUUCGACACUGCGGAUCCUGAAACAAGUGGAGCUUGGUUGGAGAUGGUUGAAAAGGAGAAGUCGAUGUUGGCAAUAUUGAGAGACUUUGUGUUCAAGUUUGGGCAUGGAGUACUGAGGAAGUAUCCGCACUUAACUGGCCAGCUGCUGUUGAUCAAUUUGCCAGGUUACUGCCAGGACUCGAUGAAAACACAGUUGGAGAGAAUAGUGGGAGCAAACACGAAGUUGGCUGUUUCACCCUACAUUGCACUUAGCUCAAAUCAACUUCAUGGCAUGGAGAUGGUGUGCCGACCAGGUGCUCUAAUGUCAGCCUCUUGUGUAGCCAGUGACGGAGUUCGAUUUAUUGCGUGUGGAGACAACAAUGGGAGCAUAAUUCUUCUGGAUAUGUCUUGUGGUAAGGUGCUAAACACUCUCUACGGACAUAGUGGUCGCGUGAAUGCUGUCACCUUUAUCAGAGCGGAAAACAGGAGAGUGUCUGCUCGGUGUUCCUUACUAUAUUCAGUGUCUGCUGAUGCCUCGGCGUGUGUAUGGAAACUAGUGCCAUCGGGAGAUGAUGGAAAAGGUCUUCUUGGUGUUCGAUUGGCUCGCAUUGCCGGUGAGCAUAGUCGUGGCAUCACAGCUUGUGAGUGGGAUGUUCAACGAAUGCGUUUAUUCACUGCUGGACUGGACGGUUACGUGCGUGUCUUCACCAUUCAUGCGUCUCUUUCUGGAGACGCAGAUGGUGAUAGCAGUUCAGCAUCGGGCUUGGAUCUGGAGUCAUUUCAGAGGUCGAGUGGAUACUUUUCCACUGACAAGCAGCCAAUUAACGCAAUGGUUCUUGUGAAGGACAAGGUGGUUGUGGGCUGUUGGAAUGGUACUGUUUGGGUGUUCGAUACCGAACCCGCACCACCGUGUAAAGGCACGCAUCAAGUCCUCCUAGUAGGCUCGGAUUAUGGAAGUUGCAAGUCGUUGAGACGAGAUGAACAUUAUUACAGUGAAUAUGCUGGUGUUCGUGGACGGCAUGUAGCCAUCACUUCACUGGCCUACUCGGGACCAGAGUGGGAUGUGCUGGCUUGUGCGGAUUACAUCGGAGAGGUCACACUUGUCAACGCCAGUACAUUGCAGUGCAUCAUUCGACUUGAUAGAGACCAUAAGCUAAUUCCACACCAUGUGUCGAGUAGGUUGUGCUUCAUUAAACAAAGUGAGACUGGUGACUGUUUGUUGGCCCAGACUGGGUCUCCCGAAUCGUUGGUGGGAUCGAUAGUUCUUUGGAAUGUGAGCCAAUCACAAAAGGAGGUUUGUGUGUUUGAAGCUCAACUGACGUCUCCUCCUGUGUGCAUUGCCAAAUCGUUGUCAGUGUCGAUCACAAUUAUUGGGGAUGACUGGGGUGGAAUAGGCUACAUAAUGAACCACUCCAAAGAACCCAGGCAUAGUCUUUAUGUUUCCCCUCACAAGAUCCGAGUUCAAGCCCUCGACUGUGCUUUUGUCCCGAAUUCCACUUCUUUCGCUCUGAUUGGCUGGGGUGGCGCUAAUGGCAAUGUUUCAUUUUUGUCAAUGUCGAUGAUGAUGUCGCAUCUUCAAGGCUCGAGGAGGAGUGCAGUAUUGGGAAAGCCCUAUCACUUGUGGUCGCAUUCCUCCGGUGAAAAUACGUCGUUCGCAGAGAGUUCUGGAGGUACACUUUCCUUGAGUAUCUCUUCUGAAGGGGGAUUUGGCGUUAGUGGUGGUGGAGACGGUGUGUGCUGCUUCUACAAACUGGACUGCAAGAAAAUGGGUGCACGCGGUUGUGAUGAGGAGAGCGUUGAAGAAGUGGGCAGAACAGCUGUCCACACUGCUGGCGUCUCUUCUCUCACGUCGACGUACAACUAUGCCGUUUCAGGUGGCAAAGAUGGGCUUCUGGUUUUGUAUCAAUUCGACGGUGAAUCACAACAUUGGCCUGUGCGUGUGGUCGACUCCAUUCCUCAGGCUCAUAUGGACUGGAUAACUUGCCUCACGAUGUUCAAGCAGAGUUCUGAACGUUAUGUCAUUGUGUCGGGUGGAAAUGACCAUGCACUUGGAGUUUGGCAAAUUAUGAACCUUCCAGGAGACUCAUUCCCAUCACUUUCUUCAGUUUGGUUUGGAACUGAGCAUCCACAACCAUUGAUUGCUGUUUCUUUCAAAGAAUCUCUCCUCAUAUCCACUUCAACCGAUGGAACAACAGUAAUUUGGGGCAUAACUGAUUCUGGUGUUGAAAGUAAAAGGAAGUUUAUUCUUCCAGAGGCUAGACAGGGUGGAAAGUUGAAAGUGAUGAACAUUGGUGUCUGUGUAUACGAGGAAGAGCCUGAGGAAAUGGAUUCUGAAGAAGCGGAUGAACUUGGCUUAGGGUUACUGUUUGGUUACGAACCAGAGUCAGAAUCGAGAGAUAGGAUUGUUACAGUUGACGAAAAAAAGAUGGACUGCAACAAAUAUGGAAGAUUUACGGUUGGGUUCAUGCUUCCCGAUGGCUCUUUCAGCCUGAAGACGAGGCACAUCUUCAAACCGAAAUUCAACGUGGCCUUUGCCGGUCAUGCGAAUGUCCUUGACGGCAGCACCAUUCACCUUUGUCCUGGAGUCGAAAACGAAGGCAAAAGUGUUCUUGUUUCUGCGGGCACUUCUAAUGAUCGUGUAGGUGAGGUUUGCUUAUGGAGGUUGAGUUCAGAUGGUCGUAUUUCUGGUGGGUUGAAGAAGCAGGCUGCUGGAGCAGUUACAGCGAUUACAACGUGUGGAAAGUACAUUUUAGUUGGCUGCGACAACGGUCAAAUUUCAGCAUAUCGCAUUGGAGAUGGUUGUCAGGUAGAAUUCUACGGACCUCCUUUUGCCCGGGCUAUAGAUGAUCUGCUGGUUGAUGUCGAUGAAACAGGUGAAAUGCAUGGGCUUGUAAUUAUUGAUGGCUGCGCUUACGAGUUUGACAUGGAAGAAGAUUCACCCUCCAUGCUAGGCUCUUCUUAUUGGCUCAACGAAAGUAUUAGUCCAUCUGAAACGAAUCCCUUCGUCUAUUCGGUUUCGUAUGAUCGAGAAACUAAGAAGUUGUUAUGUGGAACUUCUGAUGGAAAUCUACGUAUAGGUCAUUUUGAAGUCGAUUCUGGCACUGGCGAAAGUGAAGUUGAUCUUGACAAAGAUACUGUCGCUUCCUCACUGAGCGUCGAUCCCUAUCCUCAGAUUGUGACUAGUGUAAAGAAGUUCAAUAUUGGACAACACAGCACACGAUAUUUGGGCCUCGUAAACGGAGAGCUUCGAUUCUUUGGUACAAAUGGGAAGGCACUAAAGAACAAUGAGCAAUUGACGAAUAUUUCGUCAAAGGAUGACUUACAGGUGAUUACCUACCGUAAAAGGGACUAUCUUCUGGUUUCUGGAACUGUGGAUGCUCAUUAUUCAGCCAUCCACCUUUACAAUGACAAACUUGCGUGCUUGGGAGAGUACAAACUUCGUGGUGGGGAAAGGAUUACGGCCUUCAAUAUGGGCUUCUACGACCACGAGGAAUUAGGACCGGAUUGUUGCCUACUCUUGCUUGCAGGAUCGGAUGGAAUUCUGCGUUACUUGAAGUGGAAUCCCGAGAAUGAGCAAAAUGGACUGAAACUAAUUGGAUGCCUGCCAGUUGGAAAAGUGAUAACAAAAAUAUGUCGCAUGACGACUUCCAGUUUUGCGUUGGGCUAUGCGAACGGAGACCUUGGAAUGUACCGAUUCCUAUGA